AUGCAACCUUUUCCUUUGAGUUAUAUUUCAAGAAAAACAUAUAUCAGCAACAUAGACUGGUGCAACUAUGUUUUGGACUGCCUUGUCAGAACAAAGAACUCAUACAUACCAUACUUAGAUACCAGCUACUUUUUUGGACCUUCAGCUUUCUUGGUGUUGUUCUAUGCUAAUAACAUCCACUUAGAAGCUUUAACGGUAGCACAUAAAUGUCCAACAAUUUGUUAUUGGAGUUCAGAGAAGAUUAGAUAUCGAGAGACAUUUGAACAAGAAAAAUGUAGAUUUGGACUUGGAGAAUUAAAUGAAGAAUUUGUUAAUGAAAAAGAUGAAGGAGAUACAGAUCUCGAAGACAGUGAUUCUGAUAAAGAUGAAGAUGAUUCUGUUGAGGCAUAUGAAUCAAAAUUAUCUAAAAUGCUUAAUAGUUUUGAGAGGAUGAAGGAAAAGCUGAAUUCAAAACUCAAUGAUGCGAUAACAAAGUUCCCUGAAAAGGAAAGUUUUAGGAUUUUCAAAGAAAAGAUGACAAAUAUAAUUGUUGAAGAAAAAACUGAAAGCACGAAACUUUUUGAAUUCAAAGUAAUGAAACUGGAGUUGAAGGUAUCAAUUUGA